CGGCACACAACAACAUGAAUAAUGUCAGUAUUUUUCAGCAUUUACAACAAAAGACAGCAAUAACUGUUAAGAGAUAUUGUGAAACUGAAAAGGGACAUGAUCAGUUGUAUAUAGAUAGAUAAAUAAGAUAUCAUGUGUAUCUAUUAUGUAAUGUUCACUUCUCUAUAGAAACUUAUAAGUACGAAUAUAGUAUUAGAGUUCAAAAGAGAUCCAAAUAGAUCUAGAAACGUGGCAUUUUGAGUGAAGUGAAUGAGUUAAAACAACUCAUUGCUAAACAACACAAUCAUUAUUGUGUUUUGCCACUUAUUAUGGACUAAUUAAAGCGAAAGCAAGUGGGCAAUCAUGUAAGUUUAAGUAAGAACAUUAUUUUUGAGGAUAAAAACGAAAAAUCCCCAUGCUAUUAGUUUGGUUGUAAUUUGGGUUGGGGGUUGGGACAAGAAAGGUGCAUGUGAUCUGGAUUUGGACUCACAUGGCCUACUUUUAUUUAUCACCCAAGUCUCAAUGUGGCAUGAUAUAUGCAUCAUUGUGACAAUAUUCAAAAUACACAUGCAUUAUUGUUACACUAUUCAAAUAAUGAACCGUAUGUAGUGAAAGAUUCAACUAUGUGUGAUUUGGAUUUGAAGACUAUAUUCACCAAUUUACAUUUUGACUAUAGUGAACUUACAUAAAGACAAAAAAGUCCUGACUUCUUAAACUCAAAUUGGUUUUAUUGCUUAUAAAAAUAUCUCAAAUAGUUUUGAUAAGCUUUUUAUUAUUCAGAUUUUUACUUAAUUUGAUAUUUCAGCUAAUUAUUCUAUUUAUUUAAUACAUUAAUUUUUGAAUCUGUGCUCGUUUCAUAUUUUUGACUCAACAGAAAACUAACUUGAAUUUUCCACAGCAUUUUAAUAUGGAGAAUGGACCAAUCUAAAAAGAAAAAUAAAGAUUAGAUCCAUAAUCUACAAUUUAUUUACUUCUGUAUUAUUUGGUAACCUAUAAUCCAUUUUUAUAGUCCUUUCCUAAUUUUAUACUUAAUCCAAAUGAUGAAAUCUAUUUUGUCUGUGGGUAAUAAAACAGUAAAGCUUUUAUCUACCACUUUUGGAUGUAUUAUGUAGAAACUGUACACCGCUAUAUCACGCUGUCUACACAAAGAUAGAAAUAAGAGAAGAAAAUACUUACACGUCGUCUUCUACUUUUGAUUGUCACUCUCUCCCGGCGAACUAAAAAUUCCAGAGAAGAAAUAUAAAAACAUUUUAGUCCCUUUUUAACCAUUCCUCGUUGCUCCCACUUUCUCCUUUCCCCAAUUUAAUUCUGCAAUAAAUAUCCGCCGAGCUUUCAUCGCACAUCUCUAUCCAUUAAAUCUAGUAAAGUAGUAGUAAUAAUUAAUAGCAAGACGACGACUUUUCUUUUUGUUUUUAUUUUUCCCCUUGUUGUCAGUCUCCUUCGUGUAUUCACGUUUCGUAUAAUAAGUCAUCAGCAGCAGCAAGCAGCCAUGGACUCUUCUGUCUUGUUUCGCUGUUACUCAUGCAUCACCUUUCUCCCCUGUUCUUUAUAACACGACAACAUUAAAAAAAAAAUAGCCUGUUCCGACAACUUUUUGAAACCAUGGUAGCUUCGUGUCCGAAAACAAUCGGUCUGAAAAAAAAAUGAGACUUGUAACAGAGUUCUUGAGAAAGUCGUUACCAUGGGUUGUGGAGGAUCUAAGAUAGAUGAUCAGCAGCUUGUGAUUCUUUGUAGAGAGCGCAAGGACCUGAUCAAAACGGCGUCGCAUCACCGCACUGCUCUCGCCGUAGCUCAUCUCGUUUACCUCCAGUCUCUACGCGACGUCGGUGAAGCUAUCCAGCGUUUCGUUGACGAGGAGAGCGUCGUUAGCUCCACGGCUUCUUCCUCGGCCGUUCUCACGCUUCCCUCCGACGAAGGGAAGCCGAAGAAACGUAGAGGCUCGAUCUCUUCCACGUCGAUUUCUCAUUCGGUUAUCGAAGAAGAAGAAGAAGAUGGAGAAGACGGUUCGCAUUUGAAUCUCUCUUCCGGAUCUGAAUCCGGUUUAGAAGACGAUGAUCAUAUCCAAAUCGAUACCACUCCUGAACCGGACCUAAACCGGUCAAAACAAACAUUUUCUCCCGGUUAUCCAACAGGCUAUGCUCCACCGGGUUAUCCAUACCCGUAUCCGGUUGGAGGAUGGGGGUUCAAUCCAAACCCGAAUCAAGGAAUGUAUUACAUGAAGAAAUCUUCAACACCAUCUCAACCGUUCGUUUUCAAACCGGAGAAUCACCGAGUAGAGCCGUCGGAUCCCGGUUAUUUCAUUAAUCCUGGGAUAACCGGUUCCGGUUAUCUCCCUAAUCCUAAUUUCUCCGGUUAUCCUCCUCCUUCUCCAGCAAAGCCACCACCGGCUCUUCCCUCGCCGCCCAGAGCCUCCACGUGGGACUUUCUGAACGUUUUCGACACGUACGAUUACGGAAACGCACGUUCCCGUGCAGCUCCGAGCUACUUGGCGUCGAUCUCAAGCAGCCCUGACUCUAAGGAGGUGAGAGAGAGAGAAGGGAUCCCUGAGCUAGAAGAAGUCUCAGAGCACGAAGUGAUCAAGCAAGUGUACAGACAACGUCCAAAGAGAACAACACCUUUGAAGAAGGUGAAAGAAACUGUGCCUUUGCCGGAAGAAUUAGCCACAGAUUCAGAGACCGUCUCCACGUUUUCAGGAAGCGACGUGGAGUCUGACUUUCACUAUGUUAAGAGCAGUAACAGUUCGAGUGGACAGGAGACGAUCGUGGAGACGGAGAGCUAUGGGAACAAGAAAGGAGUGAGCUUGGAGUUGGAGGAGGAAGCGAGUACUUCUUCUUCUUCUUUUGAUGUUGAGUCUUCUUCUAAGAUGAGUAGCUUUACGAGUUUGUCGAUUCGUGGAACUAGGGAGAUUAAGGAAGUUGUGGAGGAGAUUAAAAGUGAGUUUGAGAUUGCUUCUUCGUGUGGGAAGGAGGUUGCUAUGCUUCUUGAGGUCAGCAAGUUGCCUUAUCAGCAUAAAGACAAGGGUGGCUUGAAAGUUAUCUUAUCUAGGAUCAUGUAUCUUGUAGCACCGUCCAAACGCUCUAAGCCAGAACUAUCAAUACGACUAACAUCUAGGACACUGCAAAUGGCAAAAGCAUAUAAUGAGCAAGAUGUUAAUGUAGGCUUCACUGGAAACCUCUCAUCAACCUUGGAGAAACUCUAUGCGUGGGAAAAGAAACUCUACAAGGAAGUCAAGGGAGAAGAGAAGCUUCGUUCCAUCUAUGAAGAGAAGUGCAAGUCACUGAAGAAAAUGGACUCUCAUGGAGCAGAAGCUACCAAGAUUGAGGCCACUCGAGCAUACAUCAGGAAGCUUCUGAUGAAAAUAGAUAUCUCUAUAAGAUCAGUUGAUUCUAUUUCAAGAAGGAUCCAUAAACUUAGAGAUGAAGAGUUGCAGCCACAGCUCACACAGCUUAUUCAUGGGUUGGUGAGAAUGUGGAGAUCAAUGCUGAAGUGCCACCAGAAACAGUUCCAAGCCAUCAUGGAAACCAAGGUUCAGUCCGUAAAGGCCAACACCGUCUCUAGCUCGAAAGCAUUUCUUGAUCUUGAGACGGAGCUAAGAGACUGGUGCAUCAGCUUCAACGAAUGGGUGAAAACGCAGAAAUUAUACGUCCACUCUCUAAACAAAUGGCUCUCGAAGUGUCUCCACUACGAGCCAGAGGUGACAGAGGACGGUUACGCUCCUUUCUCACCUAGCCAGAUCGGUGCACCGCCAAUCUUUACCAUUUGCAAAGACUGGCAAGAAGCGAUGGGGAGAGUAUCCGGAGAGAAAGUGAGCAACGCAAUGCAAGGUUUCGCUUCGAACUUACACGAGCUGUGGGAGAAGCAAGAGGAAGAAGAGCAAAGGGUCAGAGCAUUAGAGAUGGAGGUUCGGGAUCAUGCAGAGUCUGAUAAGAGAAGUGUGGUUUCUAAAGGUCGGUCGGAGAGCGGAGUGUCGGUUUUGGAUGAUCUGAGAGUGGAUUUGGAUUCGAUGAGGAAGAAGCUGGCGGAGGAGAGAGGUAAACGUAAAGAAAACACUGUGAAGGUGGCGUCUUCGAGUAGCAGUACGUUGAAAGGUGGAUUGGCUCCUGUUUUUGAUGCGUUGAGAAAAUUCAACGUAGAGGUUGUGAAGGCUCAUGGAAUUGUUAGGCUUCAACAUCCUCAGACUUCUUCUUGAGUAUAGAGAGAAAGCCACAUUUUGCAACGUUUUGGAGUUUUGUUACUUGAAAGUUAGAUAUCCCUUAUAUAUUAAUUGAGGAACAUUUGAAAAGAUGUAACCUUGAUUUUGUAUUAAUUAAAAGAGGCCCCAAUGCAUAGGUGGCACUCAAUUAGAUAGUCAAUUACAUUCAAUUGAAAAAUAAGUAGGUCCACAUUC